AUGUCUUUCUCCCUCGGUCGGCCGCUCUGCGGAGGAGAAGCAGCCUCUGCGGCUGCCGCACCGCAGGCCUCCUCCGCGCCCGCGGCGACCCUUCUGAGUGCGCCGUCUCUCCCGUAUCCUGCAGUUGUCACUCGCGGCUGCGUCCCGUGCAAGACAGGGAGUGAAGCUCCAAGUGCAUCGGCGGCCAGCGCAGACCGCAGAACCCGAAGCAUACACUCCGACAUCUCCACGGCUGCCGCCAGUUCGUGUGCGCCGUCGCGCAUGUCGUCCAUCGGCUCGCUGUCGAACUCGUUCGUCCCGUGUGCGGUGCCUGUCAAGGGCACGGCUCCGUCGUGUUGCCCUCCUUCUCUGAGCUUGCUCUCUGGCGAGCUGAAGGCCGCCGAGCUUGCUCUCGCUCCCUCCUCGCGCUCCGACGAGGCCGCUGCAUCGUCACAAAAUGCCGACAUCCCACGCACACACGCAGCCCGCGCCCUUCGCGUGCGGCAGGCGGUUUCCCCUCCUCUCGGCCUUACCGCGGAACCCGCUUUUGUCAACGCCCCCCCCGUCUCCGCCCUUCAUCCAUCCGAUGACGCCGCGCCCCUCGCGUCCAUCUGCGAGGGAUUGGCCGCUCAGCCGCCUCUCUACCCCCGCCUCGGCGCUGAGGAAGGAAAAGAAGCAGAGAGCUCGCUUGGGAGCCGCGCGCGCAGCCACUCCCCUCGUCUGAGGAGCCAGGCCGAAACGGAGUCUUCGCAGGGCUCCGGCGACCUCGAGUCGCCCGCGAGCUUCCCCGCGUCCUGUCACUCCGCCUCCGCGCCAGACUAUUCCGCAGCGGAGAUCGCGGCGUACACGCAGGAGGGCGCUGAGGAGGAGGCCCCUGCAGAGCCGAGGGCAGACCUGCUGCAGGCCGCUGCUCGCUUUCGAAGAGCCGAAGUCGCCGGCCCCCCCGCGGCUCUCUCCGCCUCCCUCGCGUCAGCUGCGAACGCCGGGGCUCGCGCGGGCCAGCAGCUUGAAGAUGGCAACGAGGUAGAUCAUCAGAACCUCGAGAUGAUGCUCAUGAUGCUCACGCCGCUGGUCGCGGAGGACGGCGACGUGUCUGCGCAAGCGGGGACGCCGUCCCACGCUUCUGCAGAGGCGAAGACCGCAGCGGCCGCGGCGCUCACGGGCGCACAGAAAAGAGUUAACGCUGAGAGGGCAGAUGCGGCGCCGAGUCAGGAGCCGACGGGCCGCAGUCUUGCGGGGAACCAGGGGGAACCUGAAAGCUCCGUUGAUGCAUGCAUCGAGGCGGCGGCCGGCCUGCCGGAGGCCUCGCUGGAGAAGGGGGGGCCCUCUCCAAGUCUCGCCAAGGCGCCGACUCUUUUCGGUACUCAAGAAGGCCGGGUUUGCAAGUCGACGUCCCCGUCUCGGGGUCUGGGAUGCGUGGAGAGCAAGAGGAGUGUGGCGUGGGUUUCGGCGGACUCGCAUGAAGCAGGUGCGGAGGCGCCAGGUGCAGUCGCUCACGCGCCUCAGCCUGCUCAGGCCUACUCGCCGGAAGUUUCUGCCGCGGCGUCGGCCCUGUCACGCGUUCCUUCCUCGUCUCCCGAGCUCGGGGGCCUCAGAGUCCCGUCUCGCUCUGCAGCUGGCUUGUUUUCUUCUCCCUUUGGUCUCCACGCGUCGGCUGCGGCGUCCUCCGUGCCCCAGGGCCGCGCGCAGGCGGGCGCUGCGGCGGGCGCAGUCGAUCCCGUGGCGAUUCCGCAGCAGCUUUUGGUGGAUCUGCAGCUGCUUCUGCUUCUGCUUUUCGAGCACGUUUGCCAGUUGCUGCCACCGCUCAAGCGGCAGGACGAGGGCCAGUUCUACGCUUGGCACGUCCAGCGGCUGGCGGCCAAGGCGCAGGCGACGCUCUUCCACUACGCAGACAUCAUGGCGCCCCUCUGCACUUCGAGUCUCUUCGCGCCGUCUUCCCGGCCCGCCAGGAGGAGCAGCGGCUCCGGCGCGGCUGCGGCGUACGGCAGUGCCUGCGGAUUGCAAGCCGUCGACGACGUGGAGGGGGCUGCGCACAAGAGCGGCGGCGAGGCCGCGGCGCCCCAGGAGACUGCAGACGCAGCCUUGGAAGCCCUCGAACUGUGCGCGCAGGGCCGCGGGAACGACAAGAGCGCGGGUUGGUCGCUGCUUGCGCUUCUGCUUCUCCAGGGCCUGCCCGCGAACGCCACCAUCUUCCUCUCUGUGAGCAAAUGCCCAGUAGGCAGUUUCCUCAAGGUCGUGGGGGCGCUCGAGCGUGCAUACAGUUUGUACAAGAUGGUUCACGGGGCUGGAGGCGAGACCAGCAGCACGCCGGGAGGCACCGAGACUACUGCGCGGGGCGGAGACUCGCCCGUCGAGCAGGCCUUCGGCACCGUCGACGCCGAAGCGCCGUGGCAGGACCGCGCGGACGGCGUGCGGAGCUCUAAGUCGCCGUCGCUCGCGUCCAACUCGCCAUCGUCGGGGACCCAGGGGCGGGGGGGGCUGCAGGCACCAAGGGCCUGCCGACUGGAGCGCUUCCAGGCACCUCGCGGCGAGUCGUCUGUGCGAGACUGGGGCAGCCAGAUUCCAGAGCAAGCGCCCGCUGCGGGCGGCGCCGGGGGGAUCCCGGGGACCGCGCCGGCAGGCACUGCGCCCUGUGGGGCGGGCGGUUGCGAAUCGGCUGCAGGGGCGCAGGAGGAGGAAGUUCUGGCGACGCUGUUGGAUCGCCAGUCGCUUCUGCAGCAGUCCGAGUUUGCUGCGGAGCUCGCGCGCAGAGGCGCAGGGCUCAAGAGUGCAUGCGCGAAAGAGGUGUAUCCUGGUUGCUCGGCUGCAAUGGGCAAGGGCAGCUUUUUUCUCCCGCCGGCGACCGAGGGCCCCGAGCCGAGUCUCGAUCGUUUCUGCCGGGAGGCCCUCCAGGCGAGGGGCGACGCGAUGAGUGAGGGCUGCGGCGCGCCGCUCUUCGGUCACUCGCGCACCAAGCGGAGCAGCCGAGAAGCGGGAGGCACUGGUGACUCCCAUGCCCAGUUGGCGGGCAGUGGCACCGCCAUCGUUGGAGCGGCGGCGGCGGUCUGCGGCAAGAAGAACCCGGGAAGCGGGUGUCGCAGGAACCAGAAGAAGGCAGGCAGCGGCGCCGGGGUCGUCUCCCCCGCGGUGACGACUCAAGGGGCGCAGGAGAUGCGCCGGUGCACGAGCUCAGGAGGCGCAGGGAGCUGCCCCUCCUCCGGCGUCGAGGUGUCUCUGGGGGACAACUCGUCCCGCGGCGUUGGGGCCGGCGGCGACUUGUAUCUCUCCGCGAGUGUGAACAAACGCCGACACCCGAGCGUCCAAGCAGAAAUCCUCAAAAACUGCUGCACCGAGACCCUCGCGGAGCGCGGCACGCGCCUUCUUGACGAAGUUCUUCAGAAGCUGCAAAACGGCGGGCUCCAGGCCUCCCCGCAGGCGGCGUGGAGCCCUGCCAGGGACGACCGCGCGGGCCCGAGCGAAAGCGAGCGCCGACGCGCCAGCGACAGCAGCCGCUCCUCCAGCAGCGGCUCACAAGACGACGAACCCAGCAACACAGGCAUUCGAAAGAAUCGCAAGAGCUCCGCCUACGCGCCAGCGGUGCCAGGCGCUGUCGGAGGCGAGCUUCUUAGUGACGCGGCGACCGCGAGGCCGUGGGGGGGAGCUGAGGGUGCGGCUGCUGGCCGCGAACCCCCCGUCAAGUACAGAAGGACGCUCUCUGGCGCAGAGGCCGGCGCUGGAUCGCCGGCUCGGGAGGCUAGUUGCGAGGAGCAGUUGCUUACGCUUCUGCGCAACGCGUCGCCAGUGUGUGUCAAGGGGGAGUUGGCGGCGCACGGUUUGACCGCAGUCUCGCCCAGCAAAACGAAUCUGCCGGUCGCGCUGGAGAGCGGCAGGUCCGUGUGCGGGGGGCCGCUGUCUGAGUUGACGGAGAAGGACGUUUUGGGGGGCAACAAAGUAGGCGCAGACGCAGACUUCCACAAGUCUGUCGCCCCGUCUGCAAAGGGCGCGGCGGCGUCCCGAGGCGCGGAGUGCAAGAAACAUGGUGUUCAGCCGACGGGGUCGCUCUCCGGAGAGGCGCUUCUUUCGCAGGGGCUGCGCGGCGCGGCUGCGCUUGCAGGGCCUGACCCAGCCGUCGCGGCCUCGCUCAAGUCGAACCCAGGGGGCGCGCUGCCAGGCCUUCUGCUCGGCCGCGGCACCCCGGGCGCCGUGGGCAGCUCAGCAGCCUCUUCUGGCGGCGGUGCGGCGAAGGGAAACGGCGGAAGGACUUUGGCUCGAGGACCGGCGGAGGAGGUCGGCCCGGCGGCAGGCGGCGCCCAGGGGAUCGCUGGCACCGCCGCUGCGAUGGCCGCAGCGGGGCAAGAUGAGACGAUGCGCGGCGUCUUCUUCAACCGCUCCCUCAAUCGCUGGGUUUGCACUUGGUCGCGAAACGGCAAGGAGUAUCAGCGCAGCUGGUCUGCUGGGAAGUACGGAUACGAGGCUGCGCGGCAGUUGGCCAGGCAGUGCAGACUUGAGAAACUCCUGAGCGGCGAGGCCCACACGCUUCAAAAAGGCAUGGCCGCGGUGUUCAAGGCGCCAGUCGGCGCUGCGGCGCCGCUGCCGACGCCGACGCCCGUGAACCUCCCUUCACCGCCGGCAGGGGUCAGCGCCCCCCCCGCAGGGGCCAGGGCGGCAGGCGGGCGCGCGCACAAGGCUGCGGACGCCGCGGCCCAGCUGCUGCCUCCCUCGGAGCGCACUUCGCCAGCGGCGCAGGCGCAGCUGGCAGCCGCUGCUGAGGGCGGCGGGCAGCGAGCCGCCGACCUCCAGGCAGGGCCCCACCGCGGAGCUGGCGCCGUGAGCCUCGAGGCGCUGGUGGAGAGUGCGAAUCUCGCGAGCCCGGGCAGCGACGCGCUUUCGCUGGACAAGUGCUGCCGGCUGUUGCUGGAGCAGGAGCUGGCUGUCGCGCUCGGCGACGUGCGGGCGCUCUGCGUGGAAGCCACGGUGGCGAAGGGCGGUGAAGAGCGGGAAAAACGCGCCGCCGAGGUUCGCGAAGAAGGCCUCCUCGACUCUCUGAUGGCGAUCCAGGCGGACGGAGCGGGUGUGGGCGGCAGGUCGGGCGUGCCCGAAGGGAAGUCCGCGCCGACCGCCGGCGCGCCCGCGGGGGCGGCGGGCCUUGGCCAGAUGGUGAUGUUCAUGAACGCCUGCGUAGAUCGCGAAGCGUGUUUCAGAGCAUCGGGGACAAGCAGCAGCAGCGGUUUGGCCCCUGGAGGCUCCGAUUUUGUCUUCCCGUGCAACGGCGCGGCUGCGCAGACCGAGCAGUUCGCCUUCCACGAGCUAGCCUAA